GUCCUAUAUGUUGACUAUGCUCCCUUUUGUCAAUAAAGCAGCAAGUCCAAGAUUGUUUGCUUGGAUUUGUUUGUAGAUGUGUGAUGGAAUUCUGUGAUAGCCCCCACCUUCAGGAAUGAAAGACGCCUUUCCCUGGGACUAAUUGUACUGCAGGCAAACAGUCUUCCUCCAGCUUCCUUCACCGUGGUUAACUGAGGUCACAAUGCCUUCCUGGGUGAUCUGAAGCCACUGAGCGAUCGGUACAGGAGUGUGAAGUGCCAACUCUGUAUACAGCAAAGGACACCUGUGACCUACAGAGAAGUACCUUGAUUCCACCUUACGAUGGAAUUUAAAAAGUCCCCUGAUGGUGGAUGGGGCUGGGUGAUCGUGCUUGUCUCUUUCUUGACACAGUUCUUGUGUUACGGAUCUCCGUUGGCUGUUGGCGUUUUAUACAUAGAAUGGCUGGGUACCUUUGGUGAAGGAAAAGGGCAAACAGCCUGGGUUGGAUCCCUUGCAAGUGGAGUGGGCUUGCUUGCAAGUCCUGUGUGCAGCCUUUGCGUCUCAUCGUUCGGAGCAAGGCCUGUGACUAUCUUCAGUGGCUUUAUGGUGGCUGGAGGGCUGAUGUUGAGCAGUUUUGCCCCCAAUAUCUACUUCCUGUUUUUUUCCUAUGGCAUUGUUGUAGGUCUUGGAUGUGGUUUAUUAUACACUGCAACAGUGACUAUUACCUGCCAAUAUUUUGACAGCCGCCGAGGCCUUGCACUAGGCCUGAUUUCAACAGGUUCAAGCGUUGGACUUUUUAUAUACGCUGCUCUCCAGAGACUGCUAAUUGAGUUCUAUGGAUUGGAUGGAUGCCUGCUGAUUGUGGGUGCCUUGGCUUUAAAUAUAUUAGCCUGUGGAAGUCUGAUGAGACCCCUUCAGGUCUCUGAUUAUCCUUUGCCUGGAAAAACAGCUCUGGAAAAUAUACCAGAUAGGUACUCCGUUUACAGUGAAAAAGAAAAGAACCUGGAAGAAAACACGAACAUGCUCGAAAGGAGAAACAGUAGCGAGGAGAUGAACAAGAGCCCUUUAGCCCCUGAUGACGGGAAGCAUAAAAACCCAGACAUGGCGCACACAAGAGAGACUGAAACAUACAGAAAGAAAGUUGCAGAGCAAACAUAUUUUUGCAAACAGCUUGCCAAGUGGAAGUGGCAAUUAUGUAAAAACUACUGUGGAGAAACUGUGACUCUCUUUAAAAACAAAGUAUUUUCAGCACUUUUUGUUGCUAUCUUUCUUUUUGACAUCGGAGGCUUUCCACCUUCGCUACUUAUGGAGGAUGUAGCACGCAGCUCGAACGUGAAAGAGGAGGAAUUUAUCAUGCCUCUUAUUUCAAUUAUCGGCAUUAUGACAGCGAUUGGCAAACUCCUUUUAGGGAUACUGGCUGACUUCGAGUGGAUUAAUACCUUAUAUCUUUAUGUUGCUACCUUAAUCACCAUGGGCCUGGCUUUGUGUGCAAUUCCAUUUGCCAAAAGUUAUGUCACAUUAUCAGUACUUUCUGGGAUCAUAGGGCUUCUUACUGGUAAUUGGUCCAUUUUCCCAUAUGUGACCACUAAGACUGUGGGAAUUGAAAGAUUAGCUCAUGCUUAUGGGAUAUUAAUGUUCUUUGCUGGACUUGGGAAUAGCCUUGGACCACCAAUUGUCGGUUGGUUUUAUGACUGGACUCAGACCUACGACAUUGCCUUUUAUUUUAGCGGUUUCUGUGUCCUGCUGGGAGGAUUGAUUCUGCUUCUGGCAGCCUUGCCCUCCUGGAGUACAUGCAACAAGAAACUCCCCAAGCCAGCUCCAGCAACCUUUCUGUACAAAGUUGCCUCUAAUGUUUAGAAAAAUAUUGGAAGGCAAUGCAAGACUGUUUCCUCAUAGCAAAAUUUUUACUGUGGCUGACUCUGAAUGAGUUUUUAUUAUUAUUAUUAUUUUUUAACAUCGCCUACUCUCUAUGUACUGUAUAUGCAGCCUCUAUCUCCUGUAUUGUUAUUCUUUCUCUGAGAAGUGGGACUAUUCUGAUUUUGGAUUAUUCACGAGCUCUUUAUAUUGUGAAAGUUUUGGCCAAUCUCAGAAGCCUUUCUGUGUGUAAAGAAAUACAGUUUCUUAGCAGACUUCAUUAGUUCCAUUGCAAGGCACCCAGAGGGAGCUCCUUCUAUUUAAAAACUGAAGAAAGCCACAUGAUGAGCUAUGUGUGAAGUCCUCUAGGGAACACACCACUCUCUUCUCCAUGUUAGACUAGUAGUAAAUACACUCGAAGCCACUCAGGAAAUGAUACUGAUUAUUCAGACAGCAUUCUGAACUUCAGUGGAACAAACUGAUCAUUUUUUUCCAAGACAUUUUCAAUCGAGGUCUCCAGUUUUCAUUAUUCUUUCCAGCUUGAUGAAGUACCCACAAGUUUGGUGCCUACUGUAUACAACAACUCUUUUCAACGCCUUGGGUGUUGCUGAGAUGUUGAUAGUCUCCCAGCAAUGGAGGAGAUUGCCGUAGCAUCUUCACGACCGGCUGUUAUAAUUUCAUUGACUUUGUUGAUUGUCAGCAUCCACUGAGUUGAUAUUUCCCAGGAAGUGCUGAUCAGUUUGGAAAUGGUGCAUUUCAAUCAUUCCGUUCUGGUUAAUGGGAAAUGUCCACUCACUCCGGAGUACAGGAGGGAGUGAAUUGCAAGUCCUUGCAGAUAUUUUCAAUGAAGCAUUUCUUUGCUACCGUCAGAUUUUAUUACUACCAAAAUUUUAGUCAAAGGCAGAACUAGAAAAUAGUGGUGUGUGUGUGUGUGUGUGUGUGUGUGUGUGUGUGUGUGUGUGUGUGUGUGUGUGUGUGUUGUGCCGAGUCUGUCUGGGACAUGGGAAGGAGAAUGGACAAUACAUAUUUGAAACCCUGAUGCAAUUUCAUUCAGGCUGAGGAAAAAUGUUCUAGGAAGGAAAAUAAUAUUUAUUAAGUCAACUUUUUUUCUUUCUCUAAAGAAACAUUAUUGAAACUGCUCUAUGUCAGAAUCUCUUAGAGAUCCUUUUAAAAAUAUAGUUGAUUGAGUACCACUCUUAAGAAAUCAUAAUUCUGUAAUAAGGGCCACGUACCUAUAUUUUUAACAUACUCAAAUGAUUCUGGUAGCAUAGUCUAUAUAUAAAAUGAUGUUUAAAAUCCAUAGUGAAGAAAGACUUAUUCUCUGAAAUUAAAAAUAAAAAAGAUAAACCUUUGAAGCAAGGGCAUUUUAUAAAUAACUAAGUAUAAUUCUUUAAAUAGGAGGCACCCUUCCCACUGUGCCAAAUUUUUCUUUUCAUUUCUUUUGAAAUAUAUAAGAUUAUUUUAUACUUUUAUGUUGCCUUUCUUUGAAGGCGCCUAAAGCACUUUAUAAAGAUGCAUCCCCACAACACCUCAGUGAGGUAGGCAAAUAGUGCUCGUCUAUGGAGUAAACCUGGAGUAUAGGGGUUUUCUUCCCUGAGCUAAUCCUGUUCAGUCAUGCAAUAAUGGGUCUCCAAGACACUGUGGAUUUCUGCUCCAUACUUAGAAUUCUGAAAAGCUUUUCUGUACCUCAUUCUUUAUAGUCACUAUCAUGGUAAGUAAAUAAAACAGAUGACAUUAAAACAUUUUUCUAUUUAAUUUCCUUUUUUUGUUGUUGCUAAUCAUCAUUUCAGGGAAUGCAAUAACCUGGAAAAAAAGUUUUAACAUUUUUCUAUUUCAUAUUUUUCAACAUGGAUAACAGUCCGCAUGAAUCGUCACUAUGUCUACUAAUGUCAUCCGGUAUGUCCAUUAUCCAUUGUCUUAAGUAAUCAACUUCAAAUUACAAUAAAAUAUUUUUUUGUCUGUUUUGUAUCAA